AUGGGGUGUCUCGGGGGACAGACUGAGGAGGAACGACUCGAUGAAAAAGCAAAACGUGAAGCAAAUAAAAAAAUCGAACGACAACUUCAGAAAGAAAGACAAGCCUAUAAAGCCACACACAGACUCCUCCUGCUGGGAGCUGGUGAAUCUGGGAAAAGCACAAUUGUGAAACAGAUGAGGAUCCUUCACGUCGACGGCUUCAACGCAGAGGAGAAGCAGCAGAAGAUCCAGGACAUCCGCAAGAACGUGAAGGACGCCAUCGUGACCAUCAUCACGGCCAUGAGCUCGCUGGCGCCUCCUGUGGCUCUGGGGAAUCCUCAGAAUCAGCACAGAGUCGACUACAUCAAGAGCAUCGCCCCCCCCCCUGUCGACUUCCCCGAGUUCUUCGAGCACACUCAGAGGUUGUGGGAGGAUGAUGGAGUCAGAGCCUGUUUCGAACGAUCCAACGAAUAUCAACUCAUCGACUGUGCACAAUAUUUCCUCGAUCGACUCGACUCCGUCCGAAGAAAAGACUACACCCCCACAGACCAGGACUUGUUGCGGUGCAGAGUUCUGACGUCUGGGAUCUUUGAGACUCGGUUCCAGGUCGACCGUGUGAACUUCCAUAUGUUUGACGUCGGGGGUCAGAGGGACGAGAGACGGAAAUGGAUCCAGUGUUUCAACGGUGCCCUCAUGUGUGACAGGUGCCCUCCCCAUGUGUGACACAAGCCCUCCUCA